AUGCUGUUAAAUCACGAUGAAACCCCACAACCUCACAUCGUCGUACGGGCGUUUUCGACCCAAGAAAUCCCUCUUGAACAACCUAUCGCCGGACCUUCUCGGAUACGCACUCGCACCUCCCCUCGUACCCACACACGCGAGUCAGAUAGUAGCAGCGGUAACCUUUUCUCUAUCGAUUCUCGAAGAGCUCAUUCCCCUCUACACUCUCCUCCCCCACACGAUGGUCUUCAAGUCGAGGCGGAAUCCGAGUAUCAAGAGGAAAGCAUCCCUUCGUCGGUCGCUUUCCACAGAAUGUUCAUCCCCAUCGAUGAGGGUCCGACAAAUCAGCAUUCGCUCACAAAGCCUACCGACGAUCACUUGCCUUUAGGAAAAGAACCGAAGACAACAAUCGUUUCAUCACCGAAACCAUUACUUAGUGUAACACAGAACCCUACCCCUCAGAAGCAGAUCGAUAGUCCAAAUAAGCAGAUAUCGCAGAAAACCCUUUCUCGCCUGUCAUCACCGCCCUCAUCAAAGCGUAAACAUUCCCGAGAGUCCUCCACAAGCUGUUCUCCUAAUCGUAAACGAUUGGCCUUGACACGACGGAAAUCACCAGCUGGGAAAGCUACCUGGGUCACGGAACCGGACAGUUUCUCAGAACCGGUCAGAAUACCAUUUGUUAGACCACUUGCACCUGCGGAACGACUGGCUAACAUUAUUUCGAACCCUCUACCUAAGAAGAGACUACAAGAGAGUCAGUCGGAUCAGAUCGACGAGUUGGAGAGUAAGGCGGACGAGAGGGACUCAUUCAAUUCCAGAACUAGUCGGCGGAUGGGUUGGAUGGGUUUGAUGAAAACGGUCGUUAACGGAGAAGCAGAGGAAGAGAUAGAGGGGGAGAAGGAACGAGGAGAAUCGACCAGAAUAUCGAAGAGGGAUGAAUCGGCAAAGUCUCAAGGUGGACCGAAUCAGAGAGGUUUCCUCCACUUUCCCGCGUCAACAUCUGCUUCUUCUCCUGUAUUAUCCCUCUUCUCUAGUCCUGUUCAUUUCGGAACAUCUCAAGGGACGGAACCUUCCCAGUUGAUCGCUACUCAAUUCGCUACGCUUCCAUCCCAAUCUGAUCUCUCCCCACCAGAGCCUGGACCUUCGGUUCCUCACGAAGACUUUCCGAUCGUUCCAUCUUUUACCCCGGACAAGUCGGUUCCGUCCACUGCUCCGAUACGCGUUGCUACGGCUCGUCGUCUGAGACGGGUCAACGGAAAAGAACCUUCGACGAGUUUACCCCUUAGACCUCUUCGGCCAGUGAACCAGGAAGCUGGUCCGUCAUCCUCUACACCGGAAAAAGCGACACGACGAAAGGGAGCUCGACCUUCUCUGCACGACGCUCCGGUGUUAGAUGGCUUACAGGAGACCUUUGUGGAAGAAAGAACUUCUCAACCUUUGGAGGAUCUUCAAGCAACAUUCAUUGAACCUAAUCCUCACCUUCCGGUUGACAUCGAGUCAAUUCCAGCUGUCGGUGAUGGCAUUAUCGAAUCUACUCCCCCGCCCCUCAUACAGAAGUCCACCCACCCUUCAGAGUUGGCUUCACCUUCGACAGAUAAGCGAAUUCCGCUUGAACGCAUACCAGCCCUUGUUCCACCGAUCAUACCCCAUGACAAAUCUCGAUAUCGACCGCUUUCUCCCCCUGAACACAAUACUGUUCCGAUAAAGAGACAAGCCAGACAGAAACCACCACUCCCUUCAAGUCCAGCUAAGUCCGACACGAGCUGGUCCAGCGGUACUACCGAACCGCCUGAUGAAUCUUAUCGGCCGAACAAAGUGUCCUUACAGGGCAAAGCGUCCAAACGAUCAUCGAAGCCCAAAAUACCGGUCCAGAAAUUGAAGGUCCCAACGCGACCCACGAAACCCCAAACAAAAGCGGGCAGAAUUGUAUCAAAGAUAUCCUCCACUGUUCAGGCUCCGACUUCGUCUAAUGUUCGACAGUCUCGUGCCUCCACCCGUACCGCGUCGGUGGCCCCGUCUUCAGAUGUAUUUAGGGGGUUGACUUUCGUCAUUACAACAAAAGAGCACAAAUCUGUUCAAACGACGAUCGCAGAUAAAAUCAAGGCGCAUGGGGGAAGGGUGAUGGAGAAUUGGAUAGAUCUCUACGCCAUCAACAGGUUUGGAUCGGCUUUCUCGUCAUCAUUGAAAUCAACACCGUUUGUCAUCUUGAUCGGGGAGACGGUGAUGACACCAAAGUUCCUCACGGCUCUGGCGAGAGGAAUACCGAUCUUGUCAAAGAAGUUCAUUGAGGAUGCCAUCGUGACACCCCAAGUGAAUUGGAGAUCAUACCUCUCACUUGCUGGUAGGAGUGAAACGCUCGGUACGAUGACUUGUCAGUUGAUCGAUCCUCAUUGGGGUGGACCAAAUUGGGAUCCCUCCAAAGCUGAGAGGGUGUAUAAGCCUUUUGAAGGGAGAACGGUGUUGUUUGUUCAAGCGACCAAGUCAAAGAUGAGUGAACUCAAGACAUUCGUUCCCUUCUGUCUGCACGCGAUGGGUGCGUCGAGGUAUGACACAACCACGUCUGUUCCUUCUAUUCCAGUCAUGAAUACUUGGGAUUACAUCUUGGUGGAAGACAGGGAUAAGGGAGUAGAUGUUACAGAGAUGGCAAAGGCGAGCGGGAAGGUAGGGAAUUUGAAUUGGUUCAAACAGUGUCUCGUGGGUUCCUCUUCUAUGAUUUACAUUUCCUUAUCCGCUCUCCCUACUCUGUGGCCACACGGACAUCUUCUCAUGGCGAGUAUGGUUUACAUUCGUGUACUGGUACUCAUCGACCGUUAUCUCAUUCCAGGUCUUCACCGCGUGUCUUUACGACUUCGCAGUCGGUCAAAGGUCGGGUGA